CCAAGAAUACGGACAUGGGAUAGGACCCUUUUGAGGAGCUGUGUGAAGGAGUGUUGUGUGGUCCAGGGCUCAAUGAGGAGCUCGAACAUGGAGCCGUUCAAGCAGCUGAAGGUGGAGGACUUUUAUGACAUAGGAGAAGAGCUGGGGAGUGGCCAGUUUGCCAUUGUGAAGAAGUGCAGAGAGAAGAGCACGGGGCUGGAGUAUGCAGCCAAGUUCAUCAAGAAGCGGCAGAGCCGGGCCAGCCGGCGCGGUGUGAGCCGGGAGGAGAUCGAGCGGGAGGUGAGCAUCCUGCGGCAGGUGCUGCACCCCAACAUCAUCACGCUGCAUGACGUCUACGAGGACCGCACCGACGUGGUGCUCAUCCUUGAGCUCGUGUCUGGAGGAGAGCUCUUUGAUUUCCUGGCCCAGAAGGAGUCACUGAGUGAAGAGGAGGCCACCAGCUUCAUUAAGCAGAUCCUGGAUGGGGUGAACUACCUUCACACAAAGAAAAUCGCUCACUUUGAUCUCAAGCCAGAAAACAUUAUGUUGUUAGACAAGAAUAUUCCCAUUCCACACAUCAAGCUGAUUGACUUUGGCCUGGCUCAUGAAAUAGAAGAUGGAGUUGAAUUUAAGAACAUUUUUGGGACGCCAGAAUUUGUUGCUCCAGAAAUUGUGAACUAUGAGCCCUUGGGUCUGGAGGCCGACAUGUGGAGCAUAGGCGUCAUCACCUACAUCCUCCUGAGUGGAGCAUCCCCUUUCCUUGGAGACACAAAGCAGGAAACGCUGGCAAACAUCACAGCAGUGAGUUACGACUUUGAUGAGGAAUUCUUCAGCCAGACGAGUGAGCUGGCCAAGGACUUCAUUAGGAAGCUUCUGGUUAAAGAGACCCGGAAACGGCUCACGAUCCAAGAGGCCCUCAGACACCCGUGGAUCACGCCAGUGGACAACCAGCAAGCCAUGGUGCGCAGGGAGUCCGUGGUCAAUCUGGAGAACUUUAAGAAGCAAUAUGUCCGCAGGCGGUGGAAGCUCUCCUUCAGCAUUGUCUCCUUGUGCAACCACCUCACCCGCUCGCUGAUGAAGAAGGUGCACCUGAGACCAGAUGAGGACUUGAGGAAUUGCGAGAGUGACACGGAGGAGGACAUCGCCAAGAGGAAAGCUCUCCACCCCCGGAGGAGGAGCAGCACCUCCUAACUGGCUGUCAGGGAGGCCCAUGCCCGGCAGGGCUCCUUCUGUGCAGACUCGGACCCAGCUCAUCACCAGCACCCCAUGUGAUCUGCAUCCCUGAAUACUUUGCAUGAGAGACGGGCCUGCAGAAUUCAGGGGGACUUGUAAGGGGGCCAGGAGGCCCUGGGGGCUGUGGCUGCCUGCGGUGCAGGAGGCGCCAGCAUCCCCAAAGUUCGUAAUUCUCUGCAGAACAGGCUUUCAUCCAGCUGCGACCUCAGAACCUGGGAUGGGGAUGGUACUUAGGGAAACAACGUAAAGAAGCAUCAUCAGGGGCUUAAGGGCCAGCUUGGCAGCUUUCCUCACAGUGAGGGAGUUCAGAACCAGCUUGGUCACAGAUUACACCAGAAGACAGAUGCCUUCCCCAUGGGAACAGGGCAUGUGAGUAAAGUGAAUCUUGGGUGUGAGGGACCAGUCAUGUGACCUCCCAGAACCCACAGGAGUCAGGACAUCAAGCUGACCAACAAGUCUCACCAUUGCCAGCCCACUGUGUUGUAAUUUUUUUCAUUUUUAUUAAACUUCCAGUUUUCGUGA